AUGAAUGUAAACAACGCGCUUCAGGUUAUCGAGACAAAAUAUUCAUUUGAAUUCAAAGAAAAGCAGAUAGAAGCUAUAAAUUCAAUUGUAAAUGGAAAGGACACCUUUAUUGUUCUUCCGACAGGCUACGGAAAGACCAAAAUAUACUCUCACUUGCCAGAGAUAUACGGACUUCUUAACAACAUGAUGGGAACGAUUUUAGUAAUAUCACCAUUGCAAUCCUUGAUGUUAGACCAGGUUGCAAAGAUGUCAGCAAUCGGAAUUGAUGCGACGAUUGUAGGAGAGUGUCAGCCUGAUAAAAGUGUUGCAACACAGAUUCUGAAGGGUGACUUUGGAAUUGUUUUUUCCUCUCCUGAAGCUGCACUGACCCCUGGUAUGUGGAGAAAGUGCUUCACAAGUGGUGUAUUUCGUGACAACUUGAAAGCUGUAGUUAUUGAUGAAGCCCAUUGUAUUACUGAAUGGGGUGGUGAAUUUCGUCAGGAGUACAGCAGAUUAGGAGAACUUCGCUCUAUUUGUCCAGAUGAUGUGACAUUUGUUGCAUUAACAGCAACAGCCACCAAAAGCAUCAGAACACAGAUAUUAAAAAAGUUGGACAUGAUUGAAAAAGAAGUAACCACAGUAUAUCAAUUACCAGACAGACAAAACAUCAUGUACACAGUUAAGAAAUCUAGAAACAAUUUCAUUGAACUACAAUGGUUAUUAGAUGAUAUUGUAAAGAACAAGUUUAAUGCAAAGAAAACGGUUGUGUAUUGCCGAAAUAUUGCCACAUGUGCAAAUUUGUACGAACAUUUCAGCAUGAACAUUAAUCAGUGUGAUAAUAUAACUGAAAGACUUGUUGCGAUGUACCACAGAUCAACUGCAAAAUUAAACAAAGACCAUGUUUUAGAGGAAUUUCCCAAAAACAACAGUAAACUCAGAUUAGUUUUUGCAACUGUGGCGUUUGGUAUGGGAGUUGACAUCCCAGAUAUAGACUAUGUGGUUCACUGGGGAGCCCCACGUGGCCUUGAACAGUUUGCCCAGGAGUGUGGACGUGCAGGAAGAGAUGGUCGCCAGAGUCAGUCCAUAGUUUAUUUUACAGGGCAUGAUAUUGCCAAAGACAGAUCCAGUCCUGAAAUGAGAGAUUUCUGCAAAUCCACAUCUUGUUUGCGACAUGCAAUGAACAGUCAUUUUAAGCUUGACACUUGCUCUGAUUCUGAUUCUACUGACAAACCAAACUCAGACUUGUGUCGUUGUUGCUGUGUAUGUUUCAAUUCGUGCAAAUGUGGAGGUUGUGUUCCCCUAGAGUGCAUUAUGGACUUUGCAUCUGAGAUGCCCCCGUCUGAUGUAUAUGACAAUUCAGUAAGAAAUCUUGAUGAAUGUAAAUUGAAACUGUUAAAAGCAAACUUGAUGGACUUCCAAGAAUGUCUCAUUGAAGAAAAUAGUGAAGAUGUUAACGCCUUUGAUGCUUCAUUAAUUGAAUGUAUUGUGACAAAUUGUAACUAUCUGUUAUGUGAAGAUGACAUUAUUGACCUAGGGCUGCUGAACAAUGAACUUUCAAAAGAAAUUUUCUUGCUCAUUGAGGAAGUAUGUUGA